CUCGAAAGGCACAAAUAUCACUCAUAUCAUUUAUCAAAAGUUCAAAAAUUGACUGAAAAUGAUUAUUAUCAACGAUUAGAAUUUUGUGACUGGGCUUUAUCUCAAAGAGAUUACUUUUUUAAUAAUGUCAUGUUUACCGGCGAAGAAACUUUUACGAAGAAUGGAUCUAUGAAUUCAAGAAAUAUGUAUUAUUGGUCAACGGAAAAUUUUCAUUGGUUUAGACAAAUCGAUAAUCAACAUCGAUGGAGUGUAAAUAUAUGGAUCGGCAUACUCGGCAAUCGUUUUAUUGGACCAUACUUUAUCAAGGGAUCACUGAUCGGACCAAAAUAUGCACAUUUUUUAACAAAUACUCUAUGGACAUUUUUACAUGAUUUACCAUUGCAUGCACGACAAAUAAUAUGGAUCCAACAGGAUGGUUGUUCUGCCUAUUAUGCAAGAAUCGCAAAGGAUGUAUUAAAUAGAAUCUUCCCAAAUCGAUAGGACUAGGUGGCCCCAUUCAUUUUCUCAGCAAGAUCACCUGAUUUAACGCCCCUCGACUUUUCCUUGUGGGGCUACUUGAAAAAUAAGGCGUAUCAUCACUGAGUGUAAUAAAAUAACACCAAAUACAUUACACAUUGUGAGUGAAUUAUUAAUCUAUCGAUUCAGAAAAUGUCGUGAUGUAAAUGGUCGUCACAUUGGAACUUUUCUGUAAAUAAAAUCAUUACAACAUUAAC